AUGGGGAGUAACUCACAUCAGAUACAAGCAGAUAUGAAAGCUGAAGUGGGGAAUAGAUCUUCUAAUGGCGCCGGCUUGCACUUGCAGGGACCAGCCACCGCGGCACUGCUGCCGGACCUAGGCAGGGCAGGGUGCGGCGCAGUCGCACGCACAGGGUGGUGGGAGCCACCGACGAGCGAGAUGGAGAUGGAGGCACCGGGCGCGGAGGUUGCGAUGCACGAUUGCCACUGCCCCCAAUCUGAUGGAGACGAGUCCCGCGCCCAGCGACCAUGCCGAGCUCGAGCGGAUCCUUCGGCACUUCGGCGACAGACUCGACGAGGAGGGGCCGAGAAGAUUGGGGGGAGUGCGAGCCUGCGAGACCUCGCUCCGGUGAUGGGGACGAAGAGGAUGGGCGGCCUGAGGAGGUAG